ACACCACAAUACUACAUGACAGCACUACACCACACUCAUACACCACACUGCGCUGCUGUGCAUGACACCGUGUGUGUUUGUGCAUGUGCGCGCGCGCGUGCGCGAGGGAGGCAAGGAUAGGAUGAACACGAGCCCAGUCAUUCCUCCUAAAAAUGGCGUCUUGUGAACGAAAUGAGCAAAAAAUAGCCUGAGUGUGUAGUGAGUGAGCAGCAGCAGCAGCAGCAGUAGUAGGGGGCUGGAUCAAUAUGAAUUAUGAUGAGCUUAUUAAAGCUGCCCGAGAACGAUGAGCAUCUGUUACGCGGCUCCACAGCGUGUCACGGGAGACAAUAGACAGUGAAGUACAGGGGGGAGAGGAGACGAGGGAGGAGGUUCUCCUGGCUGCUGUGACCCCCCUCCUUCCCCUCCCUCCCUCUCCUUCCACAGUCUACAGGCUCGUCAGGCGGAGAAAUAAACAGAAGCCAGCGCGGAGAAGACGUUACUCCCUCCUCCCCUUCUCCUCCUCCUCCCCUCCUCCCCCCUCGCUAUCUGCCCAUCUUCACCCAGCCCUUUUAUUUCAUGGAGAGGAAUUAUCCCGCUGCAGGCUUCGGGGAUCUCGGGGCUGGGACGGGAUGGAAUUACGACAGAUCGGCCAAAGCAAGCGUUAUGUAUGGGAGCUCCAGGUCAUCCCACCCAGACUCAGAACUGCUCCACCGGCAAGCCUAUGGCACCCCACACCCCCUCCAGGGCUAUGCAACCAACCAUCACACAGGAGGUUCCAGACAGGGUGGCGCCUGGGGUGGCACCGGACACACGCUUGGCCUGUCAGGGCUCUUUGAUGCCAGCCUCCACCAUGCCAGCCCCUCGGGUCCUGACCCCUCCGUCAUGAAUCUGAUUUCAGCUCUUGAGUCCAGAGGUCCACAGCCCCCGCCCUCUGCUUCAUCUCUUCUCUCUCAAUUUCGCACUGCCUCUUGGCAAACUGCAAUGCAUACCCCGGCCCCAGCUGAGCUUUUUAUUUCAGGGGCCCUUCCGAGUUCCAGCUCUUUCCCCUCCUCCUCGGCCCUUUCUGCAUACCAGCAUCCUGGCUCCUUCUCUGGACGAUCUUUCACUCCCUCAUUAUCCCUUCAAGACACAUCUACAUUUAGUCCAACUUCCAAUGGUUUACUAUCACCCCAUGAUCCUCUUCUGCAUAUCAAAACACCCUCCCAGUCUAGCUUGGGCUUUGACCGCUUGCUGUCUUCCCAGAGUGCUUCUCAGACCCAAGCCGCCUCCUCCUCCUCCUCCUCCUCCUCUUCCAGUUGCCACCUACCACCUCCCCAGUUCAAUCUGUUGUCCUCCCAGCUCCACAACCAGUCCUCCCAACUCUAUAACGCCUCCAUGUUCUCUUCUGCAUCAGCACUGCCGCCUACGGCAGCCCCUCUGCCCCCUCCACCUCCUCUGCCCCAGCCUCCUCCAGAGUUGGCAGUUUCCCGGCAGGACAGUGUGAUUAAGCAUUACCAGCGCUCAUCCCCAGCUCAGUCCACACCACUCCCCCUACAGCAAUAUGUAAGCUGCGGUGGAUCACCAUGCUACCAGCAGAUAGCCAGCCACCAUCGGCAUUCUGGGGUGCCCUGCAGUCCAAUGGAGGAGCAGAGCCCAAUCUCUGACUCUAAGCCCUCACCACGGAUGGAUUCGAAGACAUAUCAACCUAUCAUCCAAACUCCGUACACAUCCUCACCCUCCAGCUCCUCCACUUCCUCCUCAUCUGGCCCCAAGGGAGCCAAGAGUUCUGGCUCCAGCAGUGGCUACUCUUCUUCGGGCUCAGCAUCAUCCUCUUCCCGUACCCCACACACUCCACCAUCAGCCUCCUCUACCUCCUCUUCAUCCUCCAAGACAAGCACUGGCUCCUUGUCUGCUCCAUCUCAUCAACAGCCCCCACCUCAGUCAGCAACAGCGACAUCUCCCCUGCCAGUGGUGUCAUCCACCCUUGUUCAACAGCCAACACCCAAACAUUGCCUCUCUACCUACAGCUCUCCAUCUGUGGCCAAAUCUAGCACAGGCAUACCAGACCAGACCCCUCCCCAGCAACAUGCCCAGUCCCACUCUCCCAGCCAGCCUCCACCUAUACACAUGUCCCAGUCUUAUGGAAGCUUUAACUCACCUCAUUCCCAAGACCUGAGCUCUGGAGCAAGGGGUGCUGGAGGGGAAGCUUUCCCUGAUACAGGCUCUGGGGGACGCUCAUUUUCUGCAGAGAUAGUCUUUGGUGAAUCAAGCUUUAGCUCAGCUUCUCUUAGAAGAGAAGGCAGCCCUUCCUUGGGGUAUGGGGGUGCUGGAGGAUCAACAGGAUGUGGACCCAUUCCAGGAGCUGCUGUACUUGGCAGCGGAGUUGCAUCUGCAGGAUCAGGGAGCAGGGCUGCUGCUGUUGGUAAUGCAAGCAACAACUCUUACCACCUGCCUGAGCCUUGUCCAUCACCCUCCAUCAAUUCUACAAUCAGCUGCCCUGGAUUGCACUCUCCUGCUUCUGCCCGCCAUGCACAGUCCCCCGGAGGCUCAGGGGCAACAAAAUACAUGUCCUCCAUCCUCUCUCCUUCUUUCAUGUCCUCACCACAAGUUUUCAAUGGUACACCGCAAGCACAGAGCCAGCCCUACCACUCAACACCACCCCAGCCAAAAACAAAAGUUGAACAAUCCCAAGGUGAGGAAGAGGAUGAUGACGAUUUCCUCAUCCACCACUUAUUACAAACCCAGAGCUCCUCUCCCCAUGCAUCCCAGCAUCACCCACCUUCUCAGCAACUAACCCAAUCACUCGCACAGGCUAGGGAUGGGGAAAGCAAGGGGAUGACUUAUGAAAUGAGCAAGAUCUCAGAAGAGCGCUACCACCUUCAAAGUGUCAUUCGGGCCAGUAGCACCACCAGCAGUUCUGGCCCUGGAACGGCAAUUGGUGAUGCAGCAAUUGGCUUAAACAGUCCGUUGGAAAUUUCACAGAAGAAACAGCAGCAGACGGAGUCAAAGUUGAACAUAUCAAAGUCCACAGCUGGAGGGGUAGGAGGGGUGAGUGACUCAUUCUCCCUCUCCCAUCAACAACAGCACGAGUCCCUAGACUCUGUGGUCCAUUAUGGAAGUGGGGACCGCUACACGCAGCACCCACAUUCUCAACAUUCCCAUCAUACCUCGCAUGUUUCCUCACACUGUCAGCAGCACUCUCAGCACUCCCAAAUCUCACAGCACUGUCGGCACACUCAACACUCUCAGCAUGGUCAUCCCCAUCCACACUCACACAGCCACUCUCAUAUGGAGCUGAAGAAACCGCCAGAUGUAAAUGACAAUGCCUACUUGUGUAACACACCAGAUGUGCAGCAUGCUCAACAAAACCAUAUCUCCCUCUCUCUGAUGGAUUCGCCCUCAGGCCCUCCCCAGCAAACACAAAUGCCGGAGUCUGUCCUCUGCGCCAACCGCACAAAGAUUGACCCCCAUCAACCCCCUUCACAGCAACAGCAGCAUCCUUUGAGACAGCAGAGUAGCGAGUCCUCACAGUUGCAACUCCAGCUCCAAACUCAGGGUAUGGAUAUCCAAUACAGCCUUGGAGGUCAGCAAAGAGAUGGAACCCGAGCAGGUCAGAACUCAGUAUCUCCGCUUGAGAUGCUGGAACAAUCUCUUUCCCGAACGAACAGCAGAGACAGUAGAAGAUCUCUGGACAGAACUGGAGUUGGGGUGCAAGUUACAGGAGGGGAGGGAGUUGGUGGAGACAGACAUGAGCAGCAGCACAGACUCACUCCUCACCACCAUCACCAACAAACAGCUUCAGAUAUCCAUGACUUCCUCUCUGAACCAGAUUUGGGCUUGUCCACCCCUGCACACCUGCACCACCUCAGCCAGCGUCAGGCCCACCACCAACCACAAGCACGCGCUCACCAUCAGCUGUCACACUCUCAGUUAGCUCAUCCACUCUCCCACCGGAUGGCAGCAAACAUGGCAACACCCCAACAACAGCACCAACAAAGAGAGCCUGUAACCCAACUAUCACACUCCCAGUUAGACCAGCUCAAACAACACCAGUUUGACCCAGUGGAUAAGGAAGUUAACAAUCAUGCUCAGCAUCCCCAGCGUUUUGCACCUCUAACAUCCAUCUGCUUUCCAGACUCUCUCCUGCAAGAUGAAGAUCGUCCUUUCUUUCCUGAGAUGGAUGACAUUUUUUGUUCAGCUGGUUACAAGUCUAGCUGUGCUGGGGAUUCUGGGGCUGGACAGACUGAUCAAGAAAGCCUUACCCAGCAUCAUGGGCAGGGGCAAGAGGGUAUGAAAACCUUAAAAACAGGCGUAGCUCGAGAGGGCUAUGAUAUAGUUGGUCAUCACAAUGAUCAAGGCUAUGGACAGUACUGCAACAGCCUUCCUGAAACAGGAAAUGGUAAUCUGCACUCAGACCUUGACUCUCUGAAGACCCACAAGAUUCCCUCCACUGUGAAUACUGACCAGCUCGGCCUCAUCCAAUCCCAAACUAUGGCGAUAGGAUUGAGUUCAACGGUUCUAGGGGAUGGCUCAGUCAACAAGAUAAUUGGAGCUAUGGGAGUCGGUGAAAGUUCCAGCACUCCUGGUCUGACCUCACCUAUCUUCUGUUCCUCUCGACCCAAGAAACUGCUGAAGACAAGCUCAUUUCACCUGCUCAAACAGCGGCGUGAGCCACAACCUCACACUAAGAAAAGCUAUGCACAGGAGUAUGAAUUUGAGGACGAUGAGGAUAAAGCUGACGUGCCGGCUGAUAUUCGCCUCAACAGUCGUCGACUUCCUGAUCUGCUCCCUGACUUGGUUUCUAGUUGUAGAAAGGCUGGUGGGGCAUCAGGAGUAAGUGGGCUCAGUCCACUAAUUGGUGACAUGGACUUCUGCCACUCCUCCAACUACCCUCCUCUUGGACACUCUUCACAACCCCCCUCCAUUAGUGGUCCCAAGAAAAGAGGCAGGAAACCAACUAAACCAAAACGUGAAGGCCCCCCUCGCCCACGAGGCAGACCACGCAUACGUCCUCUUCCAGAGCCUCCUUACUGUAGGGGGCUUUUGGGAUCAGUGGCUGGAGAAAGUAGGCGGGGUCGUGGACGGGGCCGUGGGCGAGGCAGGAGGGAGCAAGGGCUUGUGGAAAUGCAUCAAGACAUGAACAAAGCACAAGGCCUCCCAUACCAUUUUCAACAGCUGCAUCAACAACAACAGUGCAGCCAACAGCAGCCGUACCAACAGCAUCCACACCAACAUAACAGACAGCAGGCAGAUCACCACCAAGCACCACAACAACAACAGCAUCACCUGCAUCAACAUCAGCCGCAUGUGUCCUGUCCCCACCCCCUACCGCAUCAUCAAGAGCAGCAACAUCAGCACCACCAACUACAACAGCAACAGCUAUGCCAGCAGCCACAGCAAGAUUCAAUCAGACCUAUGAAGAUCAAACUGCCCAUUCCCGACACGCUACCAUCAGAGUCCCUGUUGAGGACAGAUUCACUAUCCAGCACCGAGCCAGCUCUCUCUGAUGGAUCAGUUGGGUCGGCACCAUCUUUGGGCCCGAGUCCUGGACCCAGCACCGUUGUGGACAUCAGCAGAAAUGAUCUGAGCCAAACUCACAUCAAGCUGCUAAAGCAUCAGGAGAAAGCUGGAGAGAUGAUAUGGAGGAAAGACUUUGAUGAUCCACUGAAUCCCGAAGCCUGGGCUUCUAUGCAGAAACUCUUCGGUUCAGCUGAUGAGAAGGCUUUCGACUUAAAACCUGGCUUCAUAACCUCAUUUUUGGACUUCCUGAAGACGGGCAAAAAGCAGACAGGCUUCGAGCAUGGACCUGACGGAGGCGAACAAGAGGCACUAAACCCCUGUUUCUCUCUCAAGGGGGAGAUCACGCCCUUAACUUCGCCUCCCCCUCCCCUGCCGCAGACUCCUCCACUGCCGCCUACAGGAACAUUCAGUGAGGGAGGGCAGGGUGAGGGGGUGGACUUGGCACUCAGCAGCUGUCCGAGUCCCUGUAAGCCUCUGGAUGAGGAGCUUAAAGGGAACCUGGAAACGCUGCCCUCCUUCUCCUCUGACGAGGAGGACUCGGUCAGUAAGAACCAGGACCUGCAGAAGAGCAUCUCAUCUGCCAUCUCUGCCCUCUAUGACACCCCGCACACGUUGGUUGCCGCCAUGGCUUCUGCCAUGGUGAAAGCCCCGCCCACCUUGUCCACCCCUCCUCCACCACCUCUUACCCCCCCACUUCCUGCCAUUCCUCCCCUCAUCCCCAGUACAGAGAGUGGAAAAGAGGAGGCACUCACGUACGAUGAGCAACAGGUACAGGACAAGAUGGACCAACAGUUAGUCUCCCCACAGUCAAUUAGAGAAGAAGCAGUGGAGAGGGAGGUUGAACAAGGAGGAGUGGAAGCAGAGGAUGGAGAAGGAACGACUGUAGAUGAUGAAGAUUUAACAAGACAUUCACACAGUCUACAAAGACCCCCGGAUGAACAGGAGGAAGAGGAAGAGGAGGAAAAAGAGGAAAGGAUGUCUGAAAUGCAGAAUUUGGAGAUCUCCGAGGUUUCAGAUUCUCCAUCGGGAUCUGUGCUCGCUCCUGAACAUCUAUCCCCCUCGCCGUCCAUCUCCCCCUCACCACCCUCCUACUCUGCACCCUCCCCCCUCCCUCCCCUGUGUCUCCCUGUACCCUCUCCAAUGGCGGUCCGGCAGGAGGAGGAAGUGGAAAAUCCAACUUGUCCUCCCUCCGAGCAGCAGCAGCACUCCCUCCAGCGGCCUCCAACAGCAGGCACCUCUCCACCCCCGUCCACUUCCCCUCCGGCCGUCCCGUCCUCACCUCUCUCCAAUCUCCCCCUGGGCCAGUCCAUCCCUCCUCCUUCCACCACACCUCCCCCAUCAUCCUCUGAUCCGGACCAGGAACCUGAUGUUGGGCAGCCUUCUCCCUCCUCGCCUUCUUCUUCCUCACCCUCCUCGUCAUCCUCUCCGCCACCAUCACCUCCGACCCCAGAGGAGGCCCCGGCAUCUCAGCGUCUGACCUCCCUCCACCUGGCAAAGAAACAGGCUGACGCUGCUAUAGCCGGUGAAAGUGAAGAGGAGGAUAGUGAGAGCGGAGGCGAGGGAAUCUUUCGCGAACGGGACGAGUUUGUGGUUCGGACAGAGGACAUCGGGACUCUUAAGAUGGCCUUGCAGACAGGAAGAGAGCCCCCGCCAAUCUGGAGGGUGCAGAAAGCCUUGCUCCAGAAAUUCAGCCCAGAGAUCAAGGAUGGUCAAAGGCAGUUCUGUGCAACCAGUAAUUAUCUUGGCUACUUCGGUGAUGCUAAAAUGCGCUACCAGCGCUUGUAUGUGAAGUUUUUGGAGAACGUCAACAAAAAAGAUUAUGUCAGAGUGUGUUCUCGAAAGCCAUGGCAUAGAGCCGGUCUGACUCUGAGGCGCCAGUCUUUACCGAAACAGCUGCCCACCAAUCACAAUCGAACCCCACCCCAAGUGGAGCGGGACGACCGAGACAGGGAGAGACAGAAAGAGAGAGAGCUGAAAGAGCAAAGAGAGAGGGAACAUAGGGAAAAGAUAGAGAAGGAGUAUAAGGAAAGGCAGAGGAGAGAGAGAUUAGAGAGAGAGAGAAAAGAAAGGGAGCGACAAGAGCAGGAGCAGAGAGAGAGGAACAGAAAGGAAAUAGAGAAGGUGGAGAGGGAAAAAGAGGACAGAGAUGAAAAGGAGAGGGGGGAUAGAGAAAAUGAGAGAGAGAUGGAAUGGGAGAACGAGAGGGGGAGUGAAGGAGGGGAGAAAGGGCAGAAGGAAAGGGAGAGAGGGGAAUAUGAGAGAGAGCAAAGAGAGAGGGAGCUAAAAGAGACGGAGAGAAGGAACAGGGAGCAGAGAGAGAAGGAGAAACAGGAUAAGGAGCGGGAAGAGAGGGAGAAGCAGGAAAGAGAAAGUAGAGAAAGGGAGAGACACGAGAGAGAACUGAAAGAGAGGGAAAGACACGAGAGAGAACAAAGAGAGAGGGAGAGACUUGAGAGGGAGUGGAAGGAGAGAGAGCACAGAGAAAGCGACAAACAAGAGCGGGAGAGAAGGGACAAAGAGAGGGAAAAGAGGGAGAGGGAGCGGAGAGAAGCGCAAGAACAGAAGGAGCGGGAGAAAGAGAGAGGGAGAGAGCAGAAAGAAAAGGAGAGAAGAGAGAAGGAGAAACAAAGGGAUCAGGAGAACGUGCGUGGGAGGAGAGAUGACACAGUGGAGAUUGCCGGGUUGAAGGAGGAUAAAAGAAGAAGAGAGAAGAAGAUGGAGGGUCAGACCAGAGCCAAGACGUCGCAGGACAAUGUCGAGCCUCCUCCCAAAAAGAGAAUGAAGUGGCUGAAGGUGGCGCAGUCCUCCUCCUCCGAAUCUGAUUCCUCCCCGCCCAGUGACGAGGACGGGCCUGUGCAGGGUGGGGCUGACAGCCGAGCAAUGAGGGAGAUGUUUAGGAGCUAUGUGGAAAUGCUGGUCAGCACGGCACUGGACCCUGAUAUGAUCCAGGCACUGCAGGACACUGAUGACGAGUUGUACCUCCCGCCCAUGAGGAGAAUUGACAGCCUGCUCAGUGAACAGAAGAGGAGGUUACUGAGGAGGGUCAACAUGAGCGCUCAGCACCAGGAGGCUUUACAUAUAUUUCCCCGACUGACAGCAGACACGCUGGAGUCCGGAGCUGUCAGAGUUCACCUUGGUGGGGAGGGAUACAACCGCAAAACCCUCAACAGGGUCAAGAGGAGUAUUCCUAAGCAACAGGAUCUGAAGCUGUCAAUUGAAACUUGCCGGAUCUACAGUUUGUACCAUUCCCUUCACCACUUCAAGUAUCACACCUUCCUGCAUUGCAAGAAGGAGACGCACAGUAUUGAGCAAGCAGCGGAGGACCCUGGCCAGGAGGAGGUGGUGCAGCAGUGCAUGGCCAACCAGGGCUGGCUGGAGAACCUCUAUAACUCCUUCAUGGAACUACUAAGCCUCAGUGCCAAGGCCUGAAGGUUUACAACAGCCCCGGCUGCCAAACUCAUCCCGAGUUUGUGAGACAUCGUGCUACCAAAACAAUAUGGAUGGGAAGUUCAAAUUUUAAAGCAUUUGUUAUAUUUAAGUACCUCUUGAUUUCCAGAAACCUGUGAUGGAUUUUCCUCAAAAGUCAAAGAAGAUAAUUUGGUCUACACAACUAAAGAUUUUUUUUUAGUAAUCCAAUCCAAGUAUGUAUUGACAACCGUGGUUUGUAUAAUUUAUAGAAGGACAUUUCUAAAAAAUUACCUAAGAUUGAAAAACAUUAACAACAUCAAAACAUUUUUAAAGGGCUAAACAUAAAACGGCCCCCCUGCAGUGUUUGAUUCUGUCAGACUGAAGGGGUAAAACUGGAGCUGAGCGAGACAUCAGUGAGGUUUAAAGAGACUAUGUGAUAGUGUCUUGUUUAUACCUGCCUCAGUCAGAAAGUUGAUUCUGGAAAAAAAAAAUGUAUUUAAAACUAAGCUGUGUUCUGUCUGUGUUAAAAAAAAAAACAAUAAGAGAGAGGAUUUCAUGCCUGUAUAGACAAGGAGAGAAAAAAGAAAGCGCAACUCUCUAAAAAGACGCGAUCCAAGAGCAUAAAUGUCAGUGUUUCAUGUGAGUCAUUUUUAUCUGUUUGUUGUAGAUGGAUAUUUCCUAUUAUUUGACCUCUCAGAGGAUAUUCCUGCAGAGCAAUUUUGUUGUUUUGCUGUGUAAAUAGUGUACAGCGGUUUCAUUCUCUUGUUCCCGGUCGCUCUUCUGUACAUGAAAUUCCUGUAUUUGACAUAAUGAAAUAAAACUGUUCAAAUGACAAACGUGAGGACGAACCGCCACCAAACAAGCAAGUGAUUUAAGCAGAUACACGAUCCACUGGGUGGGUUCAGGUUGUGGCUCCUUUUGUCUUACAGUGCAGGACCGCUCAAUGGAAUGACAUUUUUGUUGAUUGAAUUACUUUUGAGUUUCUCUCCCCCCAAUAUACAGUAG